UUCCAUUGUUUAUUCCUCUGGGCCCGGUAUCUUUUCCUUCCUCUCCCUCCAAAAGAAGCACAUGCGGAGCGAGCGGUGGUCACUGGUCGGUCUCUCAGUAGUCAGUGCUCCUCUUCUCCUUCUCUUCGUCCGCCAUUCUCUCUCUCUAACCCCCUUGAAAGAGUAAGAAUCACAUUCCAGUCCCUGUCUACCUACCCCCUUCAUCCUUCUCCGGCGCUACAAAUACUUACCAGAUCCGUCCAUGAAGUCCUCUUCUUCUACUUCGCCUUCUUCUCUGUCUUAGGGUUUCGGUUUUUUCUUUUUUGUGUUUUUUUUUUGCUGCGGCGAGGGUUUGGAGGAGCAAAUGGAGAAGAAGCAAGGGUUCUUCUCGGCGCUGCGGGAGGAGAUAUCGAGGGGGCUGCCGCCGGGGAGGACGAGGUCGGAGAGCCCCGGGUGGAAUGCGUCGGCGGCGGUGGUGGAACUACUGCUGCCGCGGCGUUGGAGGGGGCUGCACCGACAGCAGGCGGUGGCGGACCUGGCGGUGUCGAGAUCGGGGAGCCUGAGGCCCGUCGGGGAGGCGCUCGCGCCGCUCAUGGAGGGCCCUGAUCCGGGUGCCGGUGACUGCGGGGACCCAAGGAAGGAAGGCGGGGGGUGGGGACAGUGGGUGAAGGGCCAGCUCUCCCGUGUGCCGUCCGUUUCCGCCGCCUCCACCUCCUGCCGCCAUUCCGACCUCCGCCUCCUCCUCGGCGUCAUGGGCACCCCGCUCGCCCCUAUCCACGUCUGCUCUAUGGAUCCCCUGCCUCAUCUCAGCAUCAAGGACACCCCUAUUACAUCAUCAGCGCAGUACAUACUGCAGCAGUAUACAGCGGCUUCAGGAGGGUUGAAGCUGCUGAGCUCCAUUCGUAACUUGUAUGCCACAGGGAAGGUGCGAAUGGUGGCGGUGGAGUUCGAGACGGCAAGCCGGGUCAUAAAGAACCGGAAUGCCUCCCGUUCCACCGAGGCUGGAGGUUUCAUCCUCUGGCAGAUGGCCCCUGAUAUGUGGUACAUUGAACUUGCCGUCGGCAGUAGCAAGGUCCAUGCUGGCUGCAAUGGCAAGCUUGUCUGGCGCCACACCCCCUGGCUGGGCGCCCAUGCCGCCAAAGGCCCUGUCCGACCCCUCCGCCGGGCUCUCCAGGGUCUUGAUCCGUUGACCACGGCUAGUAUGUUUGCUGAGGCACAGUGCAUUGGAGAGAAGAAGGUCAAUGGGGAGGAUUGCUUCAUACUGAAGCUCUGUGCCGAUCCUGGAACACUGAAAGCUAGAAGUGAAGGCCCUGCUGAGAUAAUUAGGCAUGUCUUAUUUGGGUAUUUCAGCCAGAAAACUGGACUUCUCGUCCAAAUGGAGGACUCCCACCUAACUCGGAUCCAGUCAAAUUCUGGUGGAGAUGCUGUGUACUGGGAGACCACCAUUAAUUCCUUCAUUGAAGAUUACCGCCCAGUUGAUGGUCUGAUGAUUGCCCAUUCUGGUCGCUCGGUUGUGACGCUUUUUAGGUUUGGUGAGGUUGCCAUGAGCCACACCAAGUCCAGGAUGGAGGAGGUUUGGACCAUUGAGGAGGUGGCCUUCAACGUUCCUGGACUUUCAUUGGACUGUUUCAUCCCUCCGGCUGAUAUAAAAUGUGGGCAAGUUAGUGAAGCCUGUGAGCUUCCCCAAGGAGAGAGAGGGAAGAACAGCUCGGCAGGGAAUUAUCGAGCUAAAGUUGCAGCUCUGGAGAGGCCGCAUGACAAUGAUGAUAAUAUUGUGUGGAAAAUGGAAGUCUAAUGCUAGGACUACUUAGUAUCAGAAGUUGAUCAAAAUGUUCAUACUUUUAGCUCGUCUUUUAGUUGACUAACAGACCAUGAAAUAUAGGUAGCGGACACAAAUUCCAGGGGAUUGUAAAUUGGUGAUUGCAAUGUCCUCUGUAAAUAAGAUCAUAAUCGUUCACAGGCCUCACAUAUUGCUGGUCUUGUUGAAUUCUUAUACUCUGAAUACAGAGUUGCUGGUAGGUGGAGCCUUUUGGUUAAUUUGGUUUAUUUGUGGGUGGAGUGGGGGUUUCUUUUUUCCGCAGGGUGCUGCCUUUCAUGCCCAAAGGAGAGGAUCGAGAUUAUGCUGGUGGCAACAAGAACUUUGUUGCUGUUAUGCGAUUGCUCAGAUCGGUUUUCAGAUUGAGUGUUUUUUAGUGUUUUGUUUGUUGAUUGGUGUCUAAACUGUUCGAGGUGUAGGAAGUGAAAGGUGAUAACAUUGGAUUACUUUUGGGGCUUGGAAUCUAAUUCUUCCUUGCCUCCUACAGCCUGUUAUUAGUCUUGCUAAGCUAGUUGAUGUAAACCAACCAAACUGUGUCCUAAAUCAGAUGUUGAAUGGUUAAUAUGUGUUCUUUUUUUAUCCUAUAUGGCAUUAUAUGAA